AUGGACCCCGCUACAAUUGUCCAGAUUAUAGGGACCGCUUUGUCUCUGGGCGAUGUCGUUUGCAAAAGCAUAAUAAAGCUCACAUCUAUAAAGGCCCGUUAUCAGGCUGCUCCCUUGGUUCUGUCUACCAUGAUUGGUCAGCUUUACAUUGUGCAGUCGGCCCUGGAUCAAUUGCAAGCCUUGAACAACCCAGAGUACAGCCGAAGUCUGCGGCAUAAUCAACUAGCCCGUCAAGUAGACAACUCUCUCGACAGCUUCAGCAUCCUAAUUCUCGCUCUUGGAGAGCAGCUGGAACGAUUUCACUCUACGGAGUCCUCUGGCAUGCCUGUCAAAGGUCGGUUGUCCUUCCUCUGGAGCGAGAAAGAGAUGUCCGAAUAUUCUAUUCUGCUCGACCGCCAAGUCAACGCCCUCAAUCUUUUACUCCAAGCAUUACAAUGCGUAUCAUGGUCGGACCAAGACGACCUGAUGUCUAGCCAUGAGACCAUCGAGGUAUUACGUCUUGCUAAAGACUGCUCGUCAUCAAUCAUUGGUCUCGAAGACGGCUCCUCGAGUUGCAGAUCCGAGUCUACUGAUAUGAUAGGCAUGCGCUUCGAUUUUGACAGGGUCAUUCUUGGUACAAGCGUUUACCAGAAAGCCCAGAGGUCGCAUCUUCGACAGACUAUAGAGGUCAGCAGAUUAGGACACCCAAAUCAAACACCUGUUCUCACCACCUCUGACGAAGAAGCAUCGACCUCGCGGGAAUCAAUAUCCACAAUUCAGGAAACGCCCAUCUCACACAAGUCAUCACUCUCGAUAAAUUCACUUGAGUCUCCCGACUCAGAGGCACGCCAAAAACCUACGCGUCGACAUGCAAUUCAGGCCACAAAGAACCACGCAAAGGUGCUGAUAUUGGGCACUUCAGAAAGUGGAAAAUCGACGCUUUUGAAAGCUUUUGCCAUCAAUCAGGGACAUUAUGAUGAUGAAUAUUACAAAGAUUCCAAAGAGAUUAUUUGGAGCAAUGUUAUUCAAAGUACCCGGGUGAUUUUGGACGCAAUGGAAUCAUUGGACCUCCCGCUUGAUAAUACAAGGCUCAUUGAUUACCAUGUUCAAACGAUCUUUCAGCAACCAGCUCAAGUAGAUACCCUGCCACCUCAGAAAGUUUGCAAAGCAAUCAAAAUACUUUGGGAGGAUGGAGGAUUUCGCGAUGCUUAUAAGCGCAGGGCCGAAUAUCAAUUAUUGGACUGUGCAGAGCCUUUUGCCAAGGACGUGGAAAGAUUGAUGGCGCCAGAAUACGUGCCGAGCAACCAGGAUAUAAUAUUUGCCAGAGUGAAAACAGCCGGGAUCUGUGAGACGACCUUCAACUUCAAAAAUCUCGACUAUAGCUUCUACGAUCCUGGAGGCGUACGAUCUCAAAGAAAGAAGUGGGUACACGUCUUUGACAUGGCCACGACGGUCAUAUUCACGGUGGAUACAGCAAACUAUUGCAAGUUGCUCUUUGAGAAUGAGAGUGUGAACCGAAUGCAAGAACAGCUCGACUUGUUUAGGAGCAUUGUGAAUAGUCGAUGGUUUGUACACAACACUUUCAUCAUCGUAUUCACCAAAACAGACCUCCUCGAAGAGCACUUCCGCAUCCACCCUGUGGAAUUCUAUUUCACUGAUUUCGUCCCUGCGGAAGGGAGCGAUAAUGAAAAGGUGGAUUAUUACCUGCAGUAUCUUGAGAAGAGGUUCAAGGGCUUGAUCGUGUCGGAUCACCAUCAGAAGCGGAUUCGAUGCAUACGCGCACGGUUCGACGACAUUGACUCCCACAAUCCAGCCAGUGAGAUACUGGAGACAUUGGAUGACUUGUUUUGGACUUACCAUGCCACUCUUGACGGCUCCGGAUCAAUCUAUGAACAGCUGGGAGAUUCAAACGGCAUUCAAAAAGUUCGGCAACGCAUGCUCAGAAUUCCCAACCGUUUUUUCAAUCGAAAUUGGAACUAG